AUGGGUAUGUUGGAAAACUCUGGCUGUCUUCCUUCCCUAAUGAAUGAUUUGGCCUCAUUGCUACAUGAAAUCAAUCCGUAUGUAGCAGCGUACAGAAUGAUGCGAGAUUUCGAAAGUGAAAAAACUCAGUCAGCUGCAAUUGCCGGGAGAGUUCCUCAGGACGUUCACAUGUGGAUUCAUCAAGAUACAGCAAACGAAGUAGCGAUUGUCUUCAAGACCCGUGAUGGUGAACCACCAUUCGAACAAGACAUAUGUGUUCAUCCGAAAGACGGACACAUGCAUAACAUUUCUAUCCUCAGUCAACAUGCUGAUCCAAUGACAUACCCACUUUUAUUCCCUUACGGGGAUAGAGGAUGGGUAAAGGACACUCCACUACAAGGUCAUGGGAAACGUAAACACAUAACUCACUUACAAUACUAUUCAUAUAGACUUGCAACUCGAGAUGAUUUUCACCCAAUACUAAGUGCCGGAAAGCUCUUUCAGCAAUAUUCCGUAGAUGCGUACGUAAAAAUCGAAGGAAAUAGACUGCAGUACUAUCAGAUACAUCCACAGAUACAAUUACGAAGUGACCUAUACUCAGGUCUAAUGGACCACCUUAACUACCUCACAGCGAACGAGGGCGUAAAGCCUGGUACUAUAUGCAUACUGCCAUCAACUUUUCAAGGAAGCCCCAGAGCUCAACAACAAAAUUUCCAGGAUGCCAUGGCUAUUGUGCGGAAGUUUGGGAAACCAGAUAUCUUCCUGACGUUCACGUGCAAUUCUCAAUGGACAGAGAUACAGCGUAAUCUCAAGAAUGGCGAACAGGCACAUGAUCGGCUAGACCUAGUAGCCAGAGUAUUUCAGCUAAAAUUGAAAGGGUUAAUGCGAGACUUAUUGGUAAACAAAGUACUUGGAUGUGCAGUAGCCCAUGUAUAUGUCAUUGAAUUUCAGAAACGUGGUUUACCACAUUGUGAUUUAGUCCUCAUCCUUGCUAAUGAUGACAAGCCAAAAACUGCUGAUGUCAUAGAUAACAUCGUUUGUGCUGAAAUACCUGACCCACAUUCCAAUCCCAGGUUAUACCAAAUAGUAAAAAACAACAUGGUCCAUGGCCCAUGUGGGAUAGACUUCAAUAUGGAAAGUCCAUGCAUGAAUGAGAAUCAUGAAUGCACUAAAGGAUACCCAAAGGAUUUCUCAGUUGCAAUUCGUGACAAUGUCAGUGGAUAUCCAAUUUACCGACGCCGUCAAGAUGGCACAAAUAUGAAUGUUGGUAAUUACCAAAUAGACAACCGAUGGAUUGUUCCGUGUAAUAAGUACUUAUUGUUGAAAUACAAUGCACAUAUUAAUGUUGAAAUAUCCUCCACUAUAAAGAGUGUAAAGUACCUCUUCAAAUAUGUGUAUAAGGGCCACGAUCGUGCUACAUUAACGUUUAAGAACACAACAAAUGAUUAUUGUUGGGACAAACCAUCGAUGUUCAUUGACAGCAGCACCUUCAAAGAAGCAGCGCAGAAGCGCAACCUUCCACGAGAUGACACAGAGUGGCAACGAUGUUUGCAAGAGGCGACUCUUUUGCAAAUGCCACAUCAAUUGAGACAAUUAUUUGCCAUCAUUUGUGCAUUAUGCAACCCGACGGACCCACCAAAACUGUGGGAUUUGCACAAGGAAGCAAUGAUUGAAGAUUUCAUGCGAAGUUAUGACCGGGAAGACAGCGAAAAUAGAGCAAUUAAUCAAAUUGAACAAGUGCUACGAUUACACAAUAAAAGUUGCGUAGACAUGGGACUUCCACAACCCUCAGUAGUUGAACAGCAAGUUUUAUUCAAUCUAGAAGAAGAAAUGCCUAUAGGUAACGACCUGUACAACCAGCUAAAUGAACAACAACGCGAUGCCUUUCAUCACAUUAAGUUCGCAGUUGACAAUGUAGAAGCCACUCAGCAAUGUUUCUUCUUAGAUGGACCUGGAGGAAGUGGAAAAUCCUUUACAUAUAACGCCCUAAUUCACACAUUCCACGCCGAAGGUGUCAAAUACAAAUCUGUCGCAUUGACUGGAAUAGCAGCUGAACUAUUACCUGAUGGUAGAACUGUUCACUCCACAUUUGGAGCUCCAUUGAAGCUCACGGAAGAUUCCACGUCAAGUGUUACAGCCACUUCUUAUAAAGGAAAAGAGCUGAUAGAUACCCAAGUCAUAAUAUGGGACGAAUGCACCAUGGCUUCUACGCAUCUCCUCCAUUUAGUUGAUAGGUUGUUUAUGAGACCUCAUGAACAACGCAGACUUUCCCUUUGA